GGUAUACCCAAGAUAACCCACUCCGUGCUAUACAUUGCGACAAUGUAUCUGAUGUACUCAUUCACCGUCGUAAGGAGAAAACAUUUACCCACCGUAUCCCUCUGUAUGUUGUUGUUUGUGAUACACACGGAGACUUAUGAAAAUCUGGCAUUCAGAAAACCAGCGUGGCAGCAACAUAAAUGGCCUGGAGAACCUUUAGAUGUGGACUGGGGCGCAGCGAAGGUUGUGGACGGAAAAUAUACUGACCGUUCAGAAUCAGGAAACCAAUGUGCUAUAUCAGCUCCAGGUCAAACAACAGCGACGUGGAGAGUGGACCUGGGGAGUGUGGUCAGCAUCAAUCACAUUGACAUCUACUAUAGGACGGAUAAUCUUCCGAGUCCUGGGCGGUACUUCAGUCGAUUUGCUGGAUUCUUCCUUUACGUUUCCAACACCACGUCAAAGGAUGACGGCCAUCUUUGUUUUCAUGAAAUACAGAAUGUGAACGGUACACCAGUUGAGAACCAGACAAUAAGCUGUUCUGUUCAUGGACGAUAUGUGAUAUACUACAACGAACGGAGACCGGGUGUUACCUAUCCUAGUUAUUACUGGCAUGAAGCAUACAAUGAACUAUGUGAGGUGGAAGUUUAUGGAUGCCCUGACCCGAAAUAUUAUGGAGUGAACUGUGAUCAACAGUGUCCCGUCAAUUGUCAAGGGAAAACAUGUGACGUCAGUACGGGACACUGUUUGGGCUGUAUACCGGGAUAUCAAGGUCUUCGCUGUAGUCAGGUAUGUGAUGUAAAGACAUAUGGACCACAGUGCUCUUUAUCAUGUGGUAACUGCAGUGAUGGAGAGACCUGUCACAAUGUCAACGGCACGUGUCUACAGGGAUGUGAUGAGGGAGUAGAGGCAGAAAAAUGUCAGACACGUCAGUUUUCUUACAAACAAAGAAAUAUUAAGAUUAAUUUUUUGACGAAUAAACUCGCUAUAAAUUGUACUUGUCUCAAUGAAAUAACAUGUCGACCUGGUUUUCAUGGAAAGAACUGCGGACAGAGAUGCAGUCAUAACUGUAACGUGACAAACCACUGUAACAGAUUUACAGGGGAGUGUGAUGGGGGCUGUAAACCGGGAUGGAAGAUGCCAACAUGUCAGCAAGAAUGUGACGGUGGGAUGUACGGGGCAGGCUGCACACAUAGUUGUGGUCCCUGUCUAGACAACAAACAGUGUCACCAUGUUAACGGCACGUGUUUGAAUGGAUGUUCUUCCGGACAUCAGGGAAGACACUGCGAGGAGAACUGCACCGAUGGGCAUUUUGGUAUGAAUUGUGAGAACAGCUGUACCUUGUACUGUGGUAGAAAUGGUAGUUGUGACCGGAUCACCGGCAUGUGUGAUAGCGGAUGUAUCGAUGAUUGGAGGGGACCUCUCUGUGGUUCUGCAGAAGAGUUGUCGUCGUGCACUUCAUGCACUGCAGAUGAUAGCAUCGCCAUCAUAUUAAGCUUGGUGAUAUCUGUUAUCAUUGUGAUCACCGGAAGUGUCGUGAACUUCGUGAUAUGGAAGAGAAAUCAGUCUGAAAAUCCAAGGAGAGGAUUAAAUGAAAACUCCAAAUGUCAGCUUGAAACGGUUAAUAACUCAGAUAUACAAAGCGGUAAAGAUCGGAUUGGAUCCCCGUAUGCAGAACUCACAGAUACAAACCAGCCGAACAUGUACGAGGGAAUUCAUCAUUAUACCGAGGCUGCUGGAAAAAUCUACGAUGAAAUAUAAUUCUUUGUUUUAAUUCCCAUGUAUUGAUUUUCCUACAAAUCAGUUUCUCAUUCAUAUGCUGUACGGUGUAUCAGAUAUAGAUGUAUAAUUCAUAAAGAAUAAAGUCCAAACGUUUAGUAUCACAUUUAAAUAAAUAAUAAAUCAUGUCCGAAAAA